AUGAAGCGAUCAUUCUGUGACGACCAACACAUUUUUGAGACCAAAAAGACCCAACUAUAUACAUCGGGAUCUGGGGUAGAUGCCUUCAGAACUAUGUUAAUGUCUGCAAGACAUGUUUCGCGUUCUGCUUUUCAAGAACAAGAAAAUCAUCAAAACUGCUACUAUUGUGACUCCCACAAGACCUGUGCAACCUGUGAGACUUGUCACCAAGUUAUAUGCUCCAUGUGCAGCCUAGGAGGAACAGAUACCUGUCUAAACUGCAGCGUUAGUUGCUGA